CUCUGUGCUGCACUGUGUAUUCAGACUGUGUGUUUAUCAGAUGGAGAACGCGGUGGAUCCUGAAGUGAAGCUCAUCAGGCUGAAAUCUCUCAAAACCAACCGGAGCUGUACUGUUCCUUACUCCGAGCAGUUGGGGAACUGCAGGAGUGUCAAAGAGUUUGAGAAACUGAACCGCAUUGGAGAGGGAACAUACGGCAUCGUGUACAGAGCCCGUGACACACGCACACAUGAAAUUGUUGCCCUUAAGAAAGUGCGUAUGGAUAAAGAGAAGGACGGGAUCCCUAUCAGCAGUCUGAGAGAGAUCACGCUCCUCAUCAGGCUCAGACACCCGAAUAUUGUGGAGCUGAAGGAGGUGGUGGUGGGGAGCCAGUUAGAGAGCUUGUUCCUGGUGAUGAGUUACUGUGAGCAGGACUUGGCCAGCCUCCUGGAGAACAUGCAGUCUCCUUUCUCAGAGGCACAGGUGAAGUGUAUUGUUCUGCAGCUGCUCAGGGGUCUGGUGUAUCUCCAUCACAACUUCAUCCUGCACAGGGAUCUGAAGGUGUCCAAUCUUCUGAUGACAGAUAAAGGAUGUGUGAAGAUUGCGGAUUUUGGCCUGGCACGUGUGUAUGGAGUCCCUCAGCAGCCCAUGACCCCUAAAGUAGUGACCCUGUGGUACAGAGCACCUGAGCUCCUUCUGGGCACCAAGACACAGACCACAGCACUGGACAUGUGGGCAGUAGGAUGUAUCCUGGCUGAACUCCUGGCCCAUAAGCCCUUGUUGCCAGGCAGUUCAGAGAUCCAGCAGUUGGAUCUGAUUGUGCAGCUGUUGGGAACCCCUAAUGAGAACAUCUGGCCGGGUUUCUCAUGUCUCCCCCUGGUGGGUCAGUACAGUUUGAGGAAACAACCAUACAACAACCUAAAGAACAAAUUCACCUGGCUUUCAGAGGCUGGACUUCGCCUCCUCAACUUGCUCUUUAUGUACAACCCCCAACGCAGGGCCUCAGCCAAGGACUGCUUGGAGAGUUCGUAUUUCAAAGAGAAACCACUGCCUUGUGAACCAGAGCUCAUGCCCACCUUCCCUCACCAUCGGAACAAAAGGGUGGGGCCAAUAGCCGAGAGCCAAUCAAAACGGAGCAAACCGGGCCACUCCCUUGCAUCCUGAUCCUGGACACCUGAUCACAAAAGAACUGUAGUCGUGUAGCCAGGAACCAAUCAGAAUGAAGCACCUUCUCAGUCUUAACAGCCCAUCAAAAGGAAGUCAGGUGUGAUAACAUGCCUUAGAUAUUAGAGCUUGUACAGCACACCUGAGACAGGUAACACACACGACUGCGAAAAGUCAAGAAGGUGUGUGUGUGUGUGAGUUUCUGAUGAGAUCAGUAUCUACACGUGUGUUACUGAGUAUUAGUGCUGACUGUGUACUGAGACAGUUACCUAUAAUAAUAAUGUGAUGUUCACAGUGUGUCUCAGUUUGUGCUCCAGUGUAUGAAGAUGUUUCACCUGGUGAUCAGGAGCUCGUGUGUGUUUAAAACAAGCUGAUGGAAUUUUCUUUGUUUAUUUUUCAGUAAAAUCAGAUUUUUUUUUUCUCUCCUUCACAUUUCUUAAGGAAUUUUGAGGAAAAGAUAUGUGAUAGUUAUCUAACCCAAGCUUAACUCCGCCCACCCUAACAAACACAGUUAAAUGUAAUGUGUUAAUAAAUAAUAAACAGAUGAUUAUUUA